UUAUAUGUAGAAGCUGUGGAUAAAACAUAAUAAACACAGCUAAGAUAAAAGAAUGCAUUAUGAAUCAACUUUAGUCAUCUAUGCGUAUUAAUGUUUUCAGUUGAACUCGUCAUAAUUUGUAGAAUGGUUUUUUUUGGUGAUUAAUUAAUUGAGAGUUAAAAAUUCCGAUUGCGUAAACAUCCUAUCUAAAAUGUCUCGAAUAAUAGAAUUCAACACAGAGGACGACGUUGACGUAAAAAUCCAGAAAACGUUAGUUGCCAUCAAUGAUAUUACUUUGAAAAUAAAAAAGGAGCUAGAACUGAUUGAAGAGCUUGUGAAAGAAAAUGGGCACUUGCAUACAGCAGUUAAUACAGCUAAUGAGACAUUGUCCAGGAAAGUUGAGAAAAUGGGAAUAAAUUUAGAACAGAUUAUGAACAAAAUAAAAGAUGGAGAAAGGUUGGAACUAGAUUUGUUAGGUACAAUUACAUCAUCACAAAUUACAGAGAGCUUAUUGGGUCAAAUAGAUGCUUUGUAACAUAAUAACCUUUUUAUAUAAUAUAUUUUUUCUAAACUUUAAACAAUAAUUGUAAGAUUCCCAAUAUAUACAUCUUGCAAGAGAAAAA